CCCUCACGGGCUCACACGCAGCGACGUACUAGGUCCCUCCCCCACCCUCCUUCGGCCAAUCAGGAAACGGCUCCUAGGGAGCGCGCGAGGUUUCCUUCCCCGCGCACCCGUUCUCACCGUUAAACGGCUGCGUCUCGCGACAAUCCCAAAGUGACCUUUUCCCCUCCUCCGGAGUUAAACGCGCGCUAGGGGCAGUGGGAGGGGCAGGACUGGCGAGGGAAAGGGGUGGGAAGGAAACGCACCUCUUUGCCCGCCUCGUGCACGCCCUGGGCCGGAUGCGCGCGCACCUGCCUCCCUAAAGAGCCGCUAUUACCACAGGGGCUCUUUCUACGCUUCUUUAGGCCGCAGAAGUAGCCUGAGCGUUCUUCCGCUUCCAACCCGACCCCACUUCCCUGUCUCUGGCCGUUAUGUCCCCAGCGCCGCCAGGACAUGCGGGGAGAAGGGGGGAAUAUUUUUGAGCUGUCGCUUCUCCUUUAAGAAAAAAAGCUCCGUGGGCCGCCGGAUGAAAGUCUCUGAAAAAAUGGCGGCGGUGGGACGGAGGCGGGGUUGUGGGGGCCGCUAGGGCCCGCCUUUUGGCGCAUGCGCGCGGGCAGCCCAGCCUAGAGCUUCCUGGGAUGUGAAGUCUUGUUUAUUGACCAAAAGCAAAGGCAGAGAGGACGCUGGGGAUUUGGGGCCACUUGCUUCACGGGAAAUGUAGUUCCUCCCUGCAGUCGGGAGGGUGGAAAACGCUUUUCAGGGAGGCGGUGUUUCCGUAUUAGGCCGCUACGCUGCGCACGUCGGUCCCAAAUGUUGAGCCAAUUGCGGGCUUGCGUGGCCUGCAGAGGUUUCUGAGAUUUUUUUUUUUUUCUGGUUUUUACUUGGCUUCGUGGGUGCUUUCCCGGCGUGGCUACAUCAUAGUCCUCAUUGACCUUGGUAGUGAGGGGUGACACCUCUCUGCGACUUUUCGCCCUGUGUCUGGCCCCCUCCCCGGAGCUGGGAGCCCGGGACCUGAGUCUGUUCCGUGGUUCUUCGGGCCGAGCUGACCCCUCACCCUCCCGCCGCCGGAUGCCGGGCAGCCGGGGCCUGGCUGUGGUCCCCGAUCCCUAGCAUGGUGAAGGAUGUUAGUGCGACUUGUGUGACCACCCCCGGGAGGCCGGAAAACCGCUCUAGUGUUGCCCGCUCCCUGGCCCCCGCCCCAGUCAGCUUCUGAGGUUUACAGGUUUCUGCAGCGCAGAAAGCGCGGUCGAGGGGGGGGGGGCAGUAUUGUUAAGGAUCACUUUUCUGUCCUCAGCCCCAGCGUGUGCAUUGAGCUUGUCUAGCUGAUGUGUCAAAGGCAGUUUCCAUCUGCUAGUCUUGUUCCGGCGGGCCGUGGUCUGGGUCUCUCCCAUAGCUUUCUCAUAAUAAGCGAUGAUGUGAAAAUAGUGUUCUCUACACCCACAGGCUGAACCGUCUGGGGCUAAAGCCUCCAGAAGAAAACAGAUGGAACUAAGAUCUGGGGAACCAAUUUUGAAUUUUACAUUAAUCAUGAAACUGAACAAGUGCUGAAGUACAUUUUUCUUUCCAGUAUUUUGACGCAAUUACCACUUCAGAUUAGACAAAUAUUUUAUAUUCUUUACUGCGUUUUGCACUUUCGUAAGACUAAUGUCAUUUUUAGUUACAAAAAUUGGCACGGUGUAAUUGGGAAUUUUUCCAAACUUUGCUAUGACCAGAUUUGAAACAGCACUGACAUCCAAUGGCUGCUUAAAGUAAUACAAAAGAGAAAUCUCAAAAAAAAGUCUUAGAAUACUUAAUGGACUUAAUAUAAUGGAAAAAAUGCAAGAUUCAAGGGAAACAUCAAUUUUUUGUAGAGAAAAGACUAUAGGCUUUCAUAUUCAAUUAAAGCAAGGAUUAUAGUGCUAGCGAGGCUAUUUUGUUAUUUUAGUAAAUUACUCAAACCUACUUCAGCACUGCUAAAAACAGGAUAAAAUUUAUUUAGUGGGCUGUUAGUACAGUCCUUUAUAUACUACCUGCUCAUACAGGCCUUUUGUAAAUGCUUUAUUUCACUCAAGAUGAAUAAACUCAGUGGUAAAGUGAAUUAACCUCAGUCAUUUUUUUUACAGGAACUGCUACAAGGUCAUGUAAACGGGAAAGGUAUACGCUUAAGCAGCUUAGCAUGUAGGAUUUUUAUCUUUCCAGCUUUAUUUUUUUUAGGCCACAGAUGUUUUUAUUUUGGACCACUGAAUAAACCAGUGCCUAUGAAUCUGGAUGUUAUGCUAUUUCCACCCUGCUUUUCAGGCGCUUGCAGUUUAUACAGGAAAGCAAGUGAGCAUGAUUUCUGAAUAAGUAAGCAAAGAUGCUAAAUGAACUGGAUGCCGGUUAGCCAUCAUGGGAAGUUUAAGGGGAGCUACUUCCAUGGGCCUCCACUUUAUAGGAAUAAAGAAGACUCAAGCUUAGUCACAGUGUAAUAACUAUGCUUGGGAAAAACCACAGGUGAAAGUCUGGCCUUUCCAUGAGUUCAACAUGAAUUCUAGAAUGUGAUAAGUGCUAAAUUUUGUAAAAUUAAUUUUAAAUCUUUAAUUUUUAAUUUUGAACCCCAGCCAACGCACUACCACAAUUUAAAUCUUACAGCCUGCCUUUGUAUAUGGGUCCCAUCUUAACAACUGUAACACAUCAGAAAAAAAAAGUUCAAGAGAGGAAGUGAUAAGCAAAUACAGGAACCAAAAAGGGUUCUAGAGGCUGCUUUAGGCUGUCUCACUCAGUUCCUUUGGACCGUCAUCCACACUGCAUUUUAAAGCAGUUCUUCCCCGUGGCGCGUGGUACCAGAGCAUCUUGGGCCCUGCGUGAUGGAAGAGUUGGAUGCACUAUUGGAGGAACUGGAACGCUCCACCCUGCAGGACAGUGAUGAAUAUUCUAACCCAGCUCCUCCCCUGAACCAGCAUUCCAAAAUGGAUAGCAACCUUGGCAAGACUUCAGAUCUCCCACCACUUCAAAGUGACACAGGUCCCUCCACGGUGCAGCUCAGAUCUACUACCAAUAUCCACGAGCCCAAUGUCAACAGGCCAAAGGAAUCACCAACACCUCCUAAAACCCUGGCAGCUGCUCAGUUGGAUGAGCUCAUGGCCCACCUGAAUGACAUGCAGGAAGAGACUGCAGUGAAAAUAGAUACCAGCAGGAAACACUUGCCAGACAAGAAAGAUCAGAAAGCUUCCCUGGACUCCAUGCUUGGAGGUUUGGAGCAGGAACUUCAGGACCUUGGCAUUGCCACCGUGCCCAAGGGCUAUUGUGCUUCUUGCCGGAAGCCAAUUGCUGGAAAGGUGAUCCAUGCGCUGGGGCAGUCGUGGCAUCCGGAGCACUUCAUCUGUACUCACUGCAAAAAAGAGCUGGGCUCCAAUCCUUUCUUCGAGCGGAGCGGCUCGGCCUACUGCCCCGAGGACUACCACCACCUGUUCUCGCCGCGUUGUGCCUACUGCGCAGCUCCCAUCCUGGACAGAGUGCUGACGGCAAUGAACCAGACCUGGCACCCGGAGCACUUCUUCUGCGCGCACUGUGGGGAGGUGUUUGGCUCGGAAGGCUUCCACGAGAAGGACAAGAAGCCAUACUGCCGGAAGGACUUCUUGGCCAUGUUCUCGCCCAGGUGCAGUGGCUGUAACCACCCGGUGCUGGAAAACUACCUGUCGGCGAUGGAUACAGUGUGGCACCCAGAGUGCUUCGUGUGCGCGGACUGCUUUAGCAGCUUCUCCUCCGGCUCCUUCUUCGAGCUGGAUGGGCGUCCGUUCUGCGAGCUGCAUUACCACCAGCGACGGGGCACCCUGUGUCGAGGGUGUGGGCAGCCGAUCACUGGCCGCUGCGUCAGCGCCAUGGGGCACAGGUUCCACCCCGAGCACUUCGUGUGUGCCUUCUGCCUGACUCAGCUGUCCAAGGGCGUCUUCCGGGAGCAGAAUGACAAGACCUACUGCCAGCCCUGCUUCAACAAGCUCUUUUCGCUCUAAUCCCAGGCGCCCCCGUCUCUUUAGACAGCCAGUGAGGCCUAAGCCAAGACAGGGAGAAGGGGCGUAGCUCUUCCAACUUUCCUGCUUAAUGGGACGGAAGGUGGUGGGCAGCCAGCUUUAGAUGAUGAGGCUUUUAUGUUCUACUCUUUCCUGAAACCCCGCACUUGGAUUAGUCCCGGAAUUUCCCAUCUAGUUCUUCUGUAGAUGUAUCUUUCAUGCGCAUGAUUCAUCCCAACACCGAGCUUUUAUUUGCGCUGAUGGCUAGACUCCUAUCUUCUUUGGCUCUGAGAGCUAUUCUGCCUCAGCCUUCUCUCACUUCCCAAUUCAUCAUCACUGCCAUUACUAUCUCCUUGCUGCUGGAAAUCACGCUGCCACCCCUAAGCUCUCCGUAUCUCACUUCAGUGUUGUUCUCUUUUUCAAGACGGAGUCAAUUUUAAUCAGUAUUUUUGACAAAUAAAAUAUCUUGCAGUCUUUAUGGUUCAUUGCCAUA